AUGUACUGUGAGAGUGUUGCGUCCAUGUGCCAGGAAACGCUCGACACGAUGGACAAGUCAUUAGAAGCACAACCAAAAGUUGGAGAAUCAUGGGAGAAAGCGGGGACCGAUCAAUCAUUGCCUCUUGAAAUUGGUGACGAUGGUCAAUCUUCAAACUCAUCGGUGAGGCCUAGUAGUGAAGGCCCUAUUUCCAUCGGAGCAAUUCUGGCCCCGGACCCACUUUUCAAAAUGCUGGGAGCGUCCACUCCAGCGGAGAUUCCGGCAGAGCAAGCGACUAGCUCGCGGAUAGUAUCGGAACCAGUGCGGAUUUUAAACCUUCAACCUUCCGCGGCCGGCGAGCAAGCUAUGGCAACACGGUGCAGUCAUCCGGUGUGUUCGGCCAUCGAAAUCAUAAGUGCAUCAUGGAUGCUCAGACACGAAAAGCUUAUAUCCGAUAUCAAUAACGUGCUGCACCGUCAGGAAAACAGAAAGCUAAACGAUGACAAUAUUAUUGAAGAUUUAAUUGAGCUGGAUAGAAACGCUCACCGAGUAGAAGUAGAGAGCGAUCUUUUCACCUGGGUGCGUGGAGAGUUGCUAGCCCGACCAAGCAAAGCUGGCGAGAGUGCAGAAGAUGACUUUGUACGAUUCAAGAUCUACGUCAUGAAAGUGGACGCAGGACAGCAGCAACAGCGAGAGCUUGAACUUCGGCAAUGGAUCCAUAAGAGAAUACUGGGCCAUGCAGGUUUACCCGAAGAUGUACUUAAUAUUCCAGGCAGCGGGAGCUUAGAGAAGAUGCAAUAA